GCCAGUGACGUCGCUGCCGCUGAACUCUGGACGCGAGCGUGUUGAAUUCGCUCUCGAUCCGGAUCAAGACGCGAUAAAUGAAGAGAUAAACGCGCUUUACAUCUUUACAAUGAGAUCUUAAAAAAUGAUUCGCGAUUCAUUCAUUGUUUGUGUGGAAACGAACGCGUUAACACAGACAGCAAGCAGGACUUAUUAAAGGGACGUGUCUGUCAAUCAGCCCUUUAGCCCCGCCCCAUCAUGACUGAGGUUACUGUGGUAAAGGAAGGUUGGCUCCAUAAAAGAGGUGAGUAUAUAAAGACCUGGAGACCGCGGUAUUUCAUCCUGAAGAGUGACGGAUCGUUCAUCGGCUACAAGGACAAACCAGAGUUAACCGAUCAGAGCUCAGCUCCACUUAAUAACUUCUCAGUGGCGGAAUGUCAGCUGAUGAAGACGGAGCGACCGCGACCCAACACCUUCAUGAUCCGCUGUCUGCAGUGGACCACGGUCAUCGAACGAACCUUUCACGUGGAGAGCAGCGAGGAGAGGGAGGAGUGGAUGUCUGCUAUUCAAGUUGUGGCCAAUGGGCUGCAGGCGCAGGGAACAGAAGAGCCGAUGGAGAUCAAGUUUGGUUCAGCUAAUGACAGCAUCGCUCUGGAGGAAAUGGAGGUGUCUCUGUCCAAGUCUUGCUCAAGAGUGACGAUGAGUGACUUUGAUUAUUUGAAGCUGCUGGGUAAAGGUACGUUUGGUAAGGUGAUUCUGGUGAGGGAGAAAGCGUCUGGCAUGUACUACGCCAUGAAGAUCCUACGCAAGGAGGUGAUCAUCGCAAAGGAUGAGGUUGCACAUACGGUCACAGAGAGUCGAGUGCUGCAGAACACCAGACAUCCUUUUCUGACGACACUAAAGUAUGCCUUUCAGACACACGACCGCUUGUGUUUUGUGAUGGAAUACGCCAACGGUGGUGAGUUGUUCUUUCAUCUGUCACGUGAGCGUGUGUUCUCUGAGGACAGAGCCCGGUUCUACAGCGCUGAGAUCGUCUCGGCUCUCGAGUAUCUUCACUCACAGAACGUCGUCUACAGAGACCUGAAGCUGGAAAACCUCAUGCUGGAUAAAGAUGGACACAUCAAAAUCACAGACUUUGGUCUUUGUAAGGAGGGAAUCACAGAUGAAGCCACCAUGAGGACGUUCUGUGGAACCCCAGAGUAUCUGGCACCGGAGGUUCUGGAGGACAAUGACUACGGCCGUGCGGUGGACUGGUGGGGUUUGGGAGUGGUGAUGUAUGAGAUGAUGUGCGGACGACUGCCCUUCUACAAUCAGGAUCACGAGCGCCUCUUUGAACUCAUUGUGAUGGAGGAGAUCCGCUUCCCUAGGAAUCUCUCACCCGAGGCCAAAUCUCUGCUCACGGGCCUGCUGAGAAAAGACCCCAAACAGAGGCUGGGGGGCGGUCCAGACGAUGCUAAAGAUGUAAUGGCGCACAAGUUCUUCUCCUGUAUAAACUGGCAGGACGUGCUGCAGAAGAAGUUGGUUCCUCCCUUCGAACCCCAGAUGACAUCAGAAACAGACACGCGCUACUUUGAUGACGAGUUCACAGCUCAAACUAUCACCGUUACACCCACGGACAAACUGAACCGUCAGGAUGUGGAAGAUGCGGUUCAGUGUGCGCACUUUCCUCAGUUCUCAUAUUCUGCCAGCAUACGAGAAUGAUGUCCGCUUGAAUCCGGUUCACACAGAGAAAACAUCAUCUCUGAAUCCCAACCAGCAGUCCGAAAGACCAAUAGCUGCAGUGACCAUCCCAUCAUCAUCACUAUAAAAACCAACAGCACUAAAGAUUCUUUUGCACCGAGUGAAUGAAACACAUUGAAUAAAGAGAUCUGGAGGGAGGAGAGGUGCUGUAGUGACAUCACAACACUGUCAUAAGAAGUUUGAGAGUGUGACACAAACACCGAUGCUGUAUUUAAGUGACAUCAUUGUCAUUAUAAUCAUACAUGUGGAUUUUGAGCACAAAAACACAAGUUUGUUAACACAAAACAACACUAUGCUACAAGACUUUUCAGGCAGCAGUGUUUCUGGCUCUUGAAUAUGUGCAACUUCCCUUUAAAAACGCAAGCAGUUUGUUUCAACAUCUACACAUGAUGAUGAUAAUACACUUUAACUGUUUUGAAAGUUUCCUGUGGACAUGCAUGAUAAACAUGUCGAGGACUCGUUCUCAUGUUAUCCUCCUGUCGUACCCAAGUUUGCAGCACUACAUUAUUUCUUGUGUCAUAAUAAAGCAUUAAACACACCAUCA